CUGGUCAUGGUGGGGGGUGUCUUUAUUACUCAUCACCGGGGAUUCCUCAUCAUAAACAUACACUGGUGAAGGCUACAGAUAAAGCUCUCACACUCACACAAACACACACCGCCUCGGGUCGACUCUGAUACCGAUGUCAUGCUCACCGGGAUGCGGACUGAGAACCUUGUGGACUCGGGGGUCCUGGACGCUGCGGCUCUGAGGCAGCAGAGGAAGCUGAUACAGGCAUCCAGGUCCUCCAUAAGGUCCUCCAUCUGCUGCCUCUGGAUGGACUGAAGAAGCUCGGACGUCCAAACGGGAGGACGAGAGCAGAGCGGUGAAGCUGAGGAGUAAACGGCAGCAUCCUCCCUGGAGGUACUGGAGACGAACUGGGCCGGAGCCACAACACAAGACAGCCAGUAGUGGGGGUCUGGGAGGCUCCAGUGCUCGUCCAGUCUACACUCCGCCUGGAGGCCCGCUCCAGCACCUCAAGGCCCAGACUGGCAGAGCGCCGCAGAGAGGAUUCCAGCCAGGCUUGGCUUGCCAUGAAGAGGUCGAGAUAAACUCAGGUGUCCUUCACCUGAGUGGAGGAACGAGCAGACAGACCUCAGCCUCUUUCCUUACGUACCCUUUACCUCACAGUACAAAUAUACUUGUCUUUUCAGCUUGAAAACAGCGCAUGCGUGAAGACUAACUAGUAAAGCGGCACGUUUGUUACUUUAAUUCGCUACUUACUUUAUCUCCGUUGCCGACGCGAGCUCAACACCGAAAACCUCAAACAAUCUCACGUCCCAUUGCAUACGUCACGUUCCAAUUAACGUUUUCGACACGAUAACGUCACACUGUUCCCUCGCGCCGUGUCAACAAACCCCCGAGUGAAGAGAUGAUUUGUGUCUGUGUUUACCUGUUGAACGCACGGAUAACUGGACGGUUAGCGAGUAAACACAAAUAAACACAGGAAACGGUGCUUCUUCAGUCUGCAGCUUGUAGCCCGUGGUGCUUUUCAAGUGACAGGACAGGAAAUCCUGCAUGUUAAGCCCCGCCCUAAACACUCAAGAGUCACGUGGAGAAUGUUUUACUGGUCCUAUGAUUUGUAAGGAAUUGUGAUAGUCAAUAGUCGCUCUCAUAAGACCUUAGAGUAUAUCUUGAGAGUUAUCACUUUUGAAUAAAAAUAUAUUUUUUUACUCGAAUUCAUUGUGGUCCCCUAAACACGCAUCUCCAAUCAGGAGUCUUUGCAUAUCCUCGAUCAAUUUGGAUCUUCAGUGCUCCAAAAUAUUAAACAAAAAAAAAAAAAAAAAAAAAAAAAUCUAGGAAAUGGAAAACUAUUUACUGGUUUAACUGUUAACCAGUGUUGAGGGGUCCCAUAUGAAUCUCUCUCCAUUCCUGUUGUCACUUUAACCAAGAUGCAUCGUCAUCACUUUUCCGUGUUCCUAUAUUCACUUCACUGUCAAAGUGAGGACUUGUUUCAAACACCAAGUCCCGUUUUCAAACUUCACAUUUUGAGGGCUGCAGUAACCCCGAUGAGACCGGCUGGGUGUCUUGAUCGAGGGAACCUGUAGUCAUUGUUACAGGGCAUACUUGACCCCAACAAGACAGUUGUACAAGUAAAAACUAUUUUACAACAUUGUGCUGAUUUAAACCCUACUGUGAAGGAUAACUAAAUUUGGGCAUGAGGCAAUCUGAAAAUACCAGCAACAAAUAUUGCAGACUUUUACAAAAGGACACAAGCUUCAAAUGCAGCAUGCAUCAUAACUGCCAUAUAUGGAGGCAUUUAAAUUAAGACAUGACAAUCAUGUAGUUCCAUUUAUACAGUUUAUUUUUGCAAAAACACACUGAGAGGAACAUUAUGCCAUCAGCACACAGGCUCCUCCCACUGCCUUGAUCUUCUCCUCGGCCCGUCGGCUGAAGAACUUGGCCUUGACGAUCACUGGCUGUUUGGGCAGCUUGCCUUUGCCCAGGACUUUGUAGUAGCCCUGCAAAAAUAUAUAUAUAUAUAUAUUAAAAACACAUUAGUGCAACCAGAUAAUCACAAAAACCAAUUUGUCUGGCAAAAUUCUUUCCCUAAAUAGACAAUAAAGCCCAUAAAGUUAUGGAUCCACUGCUGUCUUCAUGUCCAGCAGCACACUACUACCAGUGGCAAAUCAAGCCCAUGUUAUGCCACAAUAUAUGUACAACACCAUAUACAAAAUACAGUUAUAGGAAGACCAACACAGCACAAAGUAUAUUAUGCAAAUCUUCAUCCAACGCAAAUGCAUUGGACUCAGUUAUUAUUCCUUUUAUUGUAGCUUGCAACAUUUAAGUACGGACUGAAAUAUACCAACAAGUAUUACAGACAGGGGGAGAAAAUUACAGCUUUGUCACUAAAGUAACACCGCAAAAAGUUUGUGCAUGUUUCAAUUCUUUAGAAAAUCUUUCACUUUGUGUCAGUCAUUCCUACAUGUCUCUAAAUGAUAAGAUUUUUGUCAAAGUGUGGAUAAAAUUUCAAUGAUUAUUUCCCCCCCAGUUGUUAAUUUGAUAUGACUGCGGCAUCAGUGAUAUCAAGUAGUUUGUCACUGACCAUGUGGCCGACUGGCCUACAAAGAGCCAGUCAGUGAAUAGGACCAGUCUUCACUCUAAGAGGACUCUAGCACACCAAGACAAUGAGUUGUGUCAAGGCGAGACUCUAGUCUCUACAGCAAAAUACAUCUCCACUGAACAAAGCUGACCUGGAAAUAGACUUAUUACGCGUCAGAUGAGAACAGUGACAUCAGUGCAUCCAGUACAGAGAGGUGCGAUAUAUGUGAAGUUUAGCUUCGAUCAAGGACCAGGGAAAUAGUAAUUCAUAGAAAGUGUAAAAAAACGAAAAGAAAAAAAAAAAAAAAAAACUUCGCAACCCCAAAGCUUUAUUAACAAACUAAUCUUUUAUCUACCAACUGGUCACAAAUACAAAGCGGUUAAAGACAGCUACCGUAACCACAUUCCUUUACCUACUGUCUUUGAGCUAUGCCGAUACAUAGUCUUUAAAAAACAACACAAUGUUAGACCCCAACUGACCCUUCGCCUCCGUUUAGUGAUGAGACAAAACAACCCGUCCGUUAACGACACCAUUGGUCACUACUUACGGCGCGCACGGCAUCGAUGAUGGGCGUGGGUCCGUCGGGCUUCUUGCCGUAGUUGAGCCUGGUCUGCUCGCUCACCAGCUGCCACAGCUUGUCCAGGUUGAUGGUGGGGCAGUGGGUUGUGUUCCUCUUCAAAUGGUAAUGUCUCAUACCCACCUUACCGAAGUACCCAGGAUGGCUAAGGAGACACAGGGAGGACAGAGGAAAAAGGUCAAUUGCCGGACUAGGACAUAGGCUGGAAACAUUUAAGCUGUUGUACAGGUUAAGACUUUGGCAAGUAAUCAAUCAUUUUAAUGGUGUUGCUCCUCUUAUAAAUCUCUCUAGACUUCAAAAUUAACCAAAGACAGCUUAGAAAUAAACAUGUCACUUCGUCAAAGUGUGGAUAAACUGUCUAUGAUUAUUUCCCCCCAGCUAUUAAAAUUAUGAGACUGCAGCAUCAGCUAUAUCAAAUAGUUUGUAACUGACCAUGUGGGUGACUGGCCUACAAAAGAGCCAGUCGGUGAAUAGGACCAGUCUUCACUAUAAGAGGACUCUAGCACACCAAGACAACGAGUUACGUCAAGGUGAGACUCUAGUCUCUACAGCAAAAUACAUCUCUACUACCAACAAAACAGAUACUGUCACACGAGGCAAAGAGGAAAACUAUAAAUAAAACAUCAAGUGUGUAACAUGUCAGAAAAACAUUGCAGAUCAACCUACUCAUCUGCCUUUAAGAUAGAUAUUUCCACAAACCCAUAAGCUGAAACUUACCCGUGUCAGGGUGUUUGUAAACAUGACCAUGCAUAUUUAAUUCAGAGGGUUAAUACAUUAACACGCUGUGUAGAAAACCUCAACACAUAAGCAGCAUCUCUUCAUGUCAUGCAGCACUUACUAUUUGUCGAAGUUGAUUCUGUGGUGAUGCAUACCACCAGCAUUACCACGACCUCCAGGAUGCUUCCUGUGCUUGCCUGUGGGGAGAUGGACAAGUUAGAAGUGAACCAUGUGUCACACACACAGUGAGACUAUGGAGAUCACCUUUAAACUCAGGUUAACGCUUACCAAUGCGACCAUGUCCGUGGCUGACGUGUCCUCGGAGCUUCCUAGUCUUGGUCUGCUUGGUGGGCUGUUAGGAAAAGAUUUGGUGUCGAUUAGAAUAAACUACAGUGUCAACAAUCGUGGUCAUAGCCAGUAUCUAUCAUAGCCAGUGGAGCUAGCUAGCUAGCUUAGCCAAAUAACCUCUUACGUUACUUGGAGGUAUCAACAGACUUUGUAGUCUGUCAACUUUGAACCGUCAACAGCAAAUACUGCACACUAAAACAUAUAUUCGCAUGCAGUUUUUUCUUAAAACGAACAAAAUCUUAGACCAAUCUCUUAAUAGCUGCUUUCAUGCUGCCUAGCAUCGUUGGAGGCUAAUGCUAAUUCAACUGCAUCUACAGGUAGGCUGUUAACUCUCACAACAUACAGCAUAAUGAACAAUUAACAUGUUACUCCCGGGAACUUUUACACAUUAAACCGGGACUACCGCUGUUACAUUAAUUUAGACUACGGUAGUUUUGUGUACGCGGUUUAAGACAUGCGAGUAUAGAGAGAAUAUUCUUGCUGAAUGAUGCAGCUGAGGGCCGAAGAGAAUCCCAGCUCUCAACACGGCAAACCGCUCACAAGAUCCCAUAAUGGUACUAAAUCACGGGACAAAACAGCCAGUAAAUGACCGUAGGAGUUGGCUGCACCGUAAACCACCACCGAAUGAUAGUUUGCAGUAGGAAUGACCAAGGAUGGACAUAGAUUUAACUGUAUUACAAAGCACAGGGAUGCGUGAGAGCACCUACCAUCUUGGAGGCUAGGAGAAAGAGGAACGGGAUUUGUAAACCUCGCGGUUUUGUGCGAGAUUUGGCUUCUGGCUACAAAAGUGCAAAAUAAACACACAGCGACGCCUAGUGGUGGACGAAGGAAACGACUGUGAAUUGUACACAAAACAGCCAUCAGUGCUGAUAUGGAACUAAGUACAUUUACUCAGGUACUGUACUUAAGAACAAUUUUGAAGUACUUGUACUUUACCUAAGUAUUUAUGGUACUUUGCACGUUGUAAUCCACCAAUUAAUAAGGAUUAUUAUAGUAUUUUUUAACAAAGUAAAAUCAGAAUUUAAAGCAAUGCUUACACGUGCAUCAAUAAUUAUAAUCCAAUAAAAUAUAGUAUAUUCUUCUUAAAUGCGCCAUUCUGUGGACUAAUUUUCCUUUUGGUACUUAAUGUAUAUUUUAGUGCUCAUACUUUUGUAAUAUAUUUACAGUUCUUUUAUUUAAAAACAAUAAACGUAUUUUUAAAAAUAUCUUUUGAUAUGUUUUUCACAUUUGUUGAAUUGCAUUAGUUUGAGAUUAGAUUGAAACCUUUUAUUCAUAGGGUUAGGGUUAUUUCAUGGAAAGCUACGCCCCCUAAAUAAUACAGAAGUGGGAAGGAGCUGUUAUUUCCAAAUAUUGGAAGAAGAAGUAUUUAGAGCAUUUAUAGCAUAUGCUAAUUUGCAAUGCCGGUCCCUAUGUGGGUCUUUAAGAGACAGAGAAAUCAACGACAAAAUACAAAACCUUAAAUAUAUAUUAAAAAAACACUGCACCACAUGAUUACACAGAGUCUGUCACUCAUAUUGGAUCCAUGUGAAAAACAGCCAGCUCAUCCUCAUCUCACAUUUGCCACUUGGAUUUCACAAAACAAAGACUUGUUUUGUGAAACAUUUUAUUUGUUUUCUUGUAGUCAAAAUAAAUGUAGACUGAUAGAAUAAUCAGAGGACAUUAUAGAAAGCUAAAAUGUAUACAUUAAACAAAUAUAAGUGUGCAUAUACAGUAAAUACAUGCAUUUCUUAACAGUAUGUCAUGUAUUGUGUACUGUAUAGGCUUUUCUGUAGUAAUGACAAGGCUAAUUUUAUUAAAUUUAACAUAUUUUAUUCUUCUCAAAGAAGAGAAAGAGGAGAUAUUGAACAACAAAAUAAAUCAGAAAAGAGCUCAUUCUAUUAUAUUUAAUUUACAUUUCUCAACUGAUUGUAAACCUUUAUUUUCAGUGCUGCUGAGUGUUUAAGUGUUAAACAAAAUGCUCUGUCACAAAUUUAAGUUUCUUGUACUUUAUUUGAGUCUUUUUUUUUCAUGCCACUCUUCAACUCUACUCGAAGGAAACUGUACUUUUUACUUUACUAUAACUAAUGAAAACAGAGCCACUAAACAAAAUAUUUCAGAACGUACUCCAUCUCAAUCAACUACAACAAUAAAACACUCCUUUUAGAAUAAUGCAUGAGUAAUCGCAAUUUUACGAUAUAAUAUAUUAUAGUAUAAAAGUCACGGGACAUUUUACUCAUGGAGUACUUUGCGUUUUAAUACUUUAAGUAUACUUUCUUGGUUAACACGUUCAAUGCAGGACUUUUACUUAUAACAGCAGUAUUUUACAGUGUGUAAUUAGUACUUUUACUAAUCUGAAUAUUUCCUCCACCAUUGAACAUUCAACGUGCACAUUGAGGUCAAUGGAGUAGAGUAAAGGUCUAGGAGCAAAUAGAUGAAAGUUGAAACAUGAACGAGCUGAUUUUUUUUUAUCAGAUGCAUCAGACAAAGUUAAAGUUGAUUUACAUACAGUCUGUUAUUCAAAGCUUGAGUCAACUUCACAGCCUGUGACUUGUCAUUGGUCAGAAUCCACUGGGAGUGAACUCUGUUUGUACCUCCAGCUGAAGAAAAGACAAACUGAACUGAGCCUCGACCGGAUUCAACUUCCUCCAACCUGUGAGGGAUCUUUUUCCUUCUCUUGUAUUCUCUAAUGGACGUACUUCAUGUCAUGUUUGAUGCUCCAUCGCUGUAGUUUUUCCUACAUGCUUUAUGCCUGGAAUCCCUUGGUGGCCCCUGGGUGAACUAUCCACCAAUCACAUCACCCGUGUCCCCCCUUGGUACUGGACAGCGGGGCCAUCCCUCUCAUCCUCAGCUCACACCUGGAGGCACACUCACCUGUCUCUCUGAAGCAGACAUCUUGUUUUUUUCAUUGCUUGUAUUCACACUCAGCUUUGCAGUUGUGGAUUCUGCGAGAUGGAAAAGGAGUCAAACCAGUCCUGCAACAGAAAAACCAGAGCCGCCUCUCCUUCAUCUGGACGACAACCUGGAAAAGCUGUGGCCGCUUUAUUGAAGACAAUAAGGAUUCACCCAGAGGCCCAAAGGAUUCUGGGUAACUCCUGCAUCCCUGUAGUGAGCUUGGUGCGUCUGAACUUCCAGUUCAUCUGCUUAUCAUCUCUGCAGCCUGUGGUUUCUCUGGUCCGACUGCCGAGCCAAACACAAGCCAAGCUCCACGAUGACGCUUCUUGUUUGGAUCGACCUCAACAGAAUGGAGUCAGUCAUCAUGAGGCAAACACUUCAGAGGUAACAGAAGUGUCGCCUCAGACUGAUCGCAGCCAACCAGAAACCACCCCGGCCUCCUGGACUGAACCGUACUGUCCUGACCGCUCCCCCUCCGGAGAACCAGAGCGGGACUCGGGCUUCGACUGCGACUCUAAUCCAGAUCAGACCUACAUCCUGUUCGACUCUGGGUCUGACGAGUGGGACCCGGAUGGGAGAAGUGAAUCGGAAACAUUUUAUUUGGAUCCAGAUCCAGAGCAGACCAUGGUGAUCGAACUGGAUCCGGAACCGGAAGCGGAUCAGGAUGGAUCCCUGGAGCUGGAAGAUGAAGUCGAAACUAAAUGUGAGGUAGUUCAAAUGGACGAGAGUGAGGAUGAAAGACCUGAUCUCUGCCGCUCACAGGAGGAGGACGACUCAUCCAUGCAGAGACCCGGACCUGGAUCGGGAGCCAAGGAGACGGAGAGUGAAGAUUUUUGUGCCACGUGUCGGAACGGAGGAGAUCUGCUCUGCUGCGACCUCUGCCCUAAAGUUUACCACUUGGCCUGUCACAUACCUCCUCUCAUCAGCUUCCCCCUAGGUGACUGGGUGUGUACGCUAUGCAGAACUGACCAGGAGCCCGUGGCGACCUACGACUGUGAGAAUAAGCACUCGUGUGGGGGAGUCAAAGCCCCGUACACACUGUCCAACCAGGACCAGAGGAGGUGUGAGAAGCUGACUCUACUGUUGUACUGUCACACGCUCAGCGCACCGUUCCAUGAACCCGUCAGCAUCCUGGCCCGAAACUACUACCAGAUCAUCAAGAGGCCCAUCGACCUGUCGGUGAUCCGCAGGAAACUGGACAAGAGCAACACUCUCCACUACUUCACUGCCGAACAGUUUGUCGAUGACGUCCUGCUGAUGUUCAAGAACUGCUCUAUGUUCAAUUACCCGGACUCAGAGGUGGCCCAGGCCGGUCGAAGCCUCGAGCUGUUUUUCGUGAGCCAACUGAUGGAGAUUUUUCCCGACCGGACGUUCCCGACGACCAGCCAGGACCGAACGGACAACGCUCGCCUCCGAUGGCUCUGCAGGAAGAGGAGGGAGAACAGGAAGAGGAGAUACGCGUUUAGUGGGAAGAAAUACUACCUGUAACUAGUUUAAACAACAACAACAACAACAAUCACAUAGAAGAUGACUUGUGACAUUUCUGCUGUCUACCUGCCGGUCUACCGGAUAAAUACUAGAUUUGUAUUUCCAUACACAUGGAUAUAUACACAUGUCAGUCAAGUUCAUGUGUCUAGCAGCAGUCCAACAUUUACCCCUUUAUUUAUGGGUGUUAUGCCCCAGCCUUGGGCAGCCCUUUGGGGCAAACAACACUCCACCACUGACCCAAAUUAACCCCCAAUUGCACCCUUUAAGACAAUCAAAUCCAUGGGAUUUAAACACACACACACACACACACACACACACACACACACACACACACACACACACACACGACAAUACAAACUUGUAUGCUGAGAGGCAGCACGACCAGCAGUCCCCACAUCAGAGGCCUCUCUCUUCUGCUGCUGGCUCAGCAGCUUUUAAGCACUUCCUUCCCAGGCCAGGUGCACCCCGUUGAGCAAUGCAGCACACCUGGUCAGAGCUGCUAGAGAGGGAAAAGAGACAACAGCACAGGGGACAUUUAAAGCCGUUACAAGGGGCCCCAACCCUCCACCUGCUGUACUGAAUAUAUGAAAGAACAUGUCUUUCUUUCUGUCUAACAGCAGCCGCAUGGUCACGUUUUACAUGCUGAUGAGUUGAGCUGUGAGAUGAAGAUGAAGAACUUCCUGGCUGGAAAAUUACCACCAACUAAUACGGACAAACAUUGCUUUUGAAAACAUGUUAAUAAUUUAUAGACUGUAUCUCACUGCAGCCUAAAGAUACUGAAUGAAAUUCGAAAAUAUAUUUCCCCCCACCAGGGGGUGUGUUUGUAUCUUAGACUUUAUCUUUUGAAUUUACAGUGAAAGGUUUAAAAUUACAGUGAGACUUUUAAAGCACAAAGUGUGUUUCCUUUUUUUCCAUUUGAAUGACCCUAAUCUAUUUUGCUACUUCCCUUUCCACUCUCCCCACUGGUUUCUGCACAGUCAGCAGAUCUGAAGAUCUUCAGGGUUUGUUUCAUGUCGAUUGUGUCGCUCAAUCUUCCGCAGGAGGACAAAUUGACCACAAAUUGACCACAGAGCAAGACAAUAAACUACAUC